GGUAUAGGAGGGUUUUUUAUAUUAGUAAAAGAUCCAGUUAAUUGGUUGAUGCUCGUUAAUACUCUGUCUUGGUGUUGCGGAACAACGCAUGGACACUCUCCCAGCUUCAAUCACGACCCACUAUCGUCAAUCUACAAUGAGCUUAAUCCCAGAUCUUCUUAUCAUUGAGCCGAGGUUCCCUUUUGACAUACGAGAAAAUCGUCGAGUUGACUCGUCAAGAUACGGUCUCCGAAUCCCAAAGAGGUGACGUGCUACUCGACCCUGUUGGCGUAUCGCGACCCCAGUAACUUCACCGCCUCGUGCUUCACCUCGACCUCACCAUUUUGCAAAACCUCACAUAGUUGUUUCACACUCAUUCCGCUGUACUGUCCGCGCGCAUAAUGAUCAACAAUGUAGCGACACUCGCCUCAAACAUCAGCGACUUUCGCUUCACCACCACAGAGCGCGACAUCCUCCUCAAAUUCCUCAUCUUCUCAUCACGCACAACCGCCUGGCUUCUCGGCCGAAACAACGCCACAAUAACCUCAAUUCAGCGCUGGCAGAAUUUAAUGAAACAACUAGCGUUAACGGCAAAGAUUCUCCGAACCGGCAGAUUCAUCCAGCAAUUCAAUUCCGCAGCUGGAGCAUUGACGCGAAAGCACCAAGACUAUUUUCUAGCAUACGUCACCAUCAUUCGACAGCUGUUGAUAGCGGUAUACCUGACCUUGGAUAAUGCGACUAUCCUCAAUAGUAUCGGAUUUAUCCCCUGGAAAGGUGCAAGACGACUGGAGGUGAGAGCGUUUCGGAUAUGGUUUGCCGCAGGCGUUUGCGGGAUCAUCACCCAGAUAUACUGCUUCUACCAAUUGAACCUCCCCAAUCAAACCCCAGAAAAGCAAUUGGUCUUGUGAGUGUUUAUUUUCCAUGUGAAUUUCCCGUGCCGCAUCUGACAUAAGACCAGUAGAAAACAAGUCAGCAAGCUCCAAUUAUUUGCUGGUAUCUGCGACGUUACCGUCUCUUCAGCAGCUGCAGGCCUGAUCAAAUUGGACGAAGGUGUCGUGUGUGCAUGCGGCGUGCUAAGCAGUUUAGUUGCCAUCCACAACCACGUGGUUUUGGGUAGAUUAAAUUACAUUAGAUAAGAGGACAACGUAAAUAGAGUUCUUGGCUUCUUUUUUUUCCUCGGCGGCGUCAUUCCAGAAGAGGGAUCUAGGCGACAUUUCUUGUCUUGGCCUGGCUCGUGAUGGCGUGAAAGUUAAUUGCCGACCUCGGAGGCUAUUCGAUAGUGUGAGGUUAGUAUUGAAGAGGUCUCGGAUUGGAACGAUGAAAUAUGGAGAGUGA